GUGUCCCAAUCUUUUUCCCCGAGAUAAAUUGGACACUCACGUGACGGUUGGCGACACGAGUCUCACCUCAUCCGAUGGGACAUUUGUCAAUUGAACAACGUCCCUGAACUCAUCCAUCGCUCGCCUUUCUUACACCAAUACAUCUCGACUCAUCGUGCUGACACCAUCUCUUAAAAUGCCCUCGCCCAUUGUCACCGCGACCUGCCAGGCCGCCGGGCUUUCGACAGUCUCAAAUCUGCUCGCCCAGAUCAUCGAGGCCCGCCAAGAGAGUCGCUCGUUCGUCUUUGACUUCACACAGCUCCUUCGCUUUGUGGCACUCACAUUCAUCACCGCGCCACCCAAUUUCGUCUGGCAACAGCUGCUCGAAAAGACGUUCCCGGCGUAUCUGCCCGCGACAGCCGCCCAGCAGCGCAAGGAUGACAUUGAGAUGAAAGCUGGCGUCGGUGAGGGCAUCCUGGACGGCGACCCGGGCGCGCAGCGUGGUCAGGAGAGAUCGGAGCGGUUCAGCCUGCGGAACACCCUCACAAAGUGGUUUGUGGACUGCAUGACCAUGGGCGCCAUCAUGAACACCAUUGCUUUCUUGGUCAUCAUGGGCAUCAUGAAGGGGCAGGGCGGCGAGCAGAUCAUGUCGAACAUUAAAACGGAAACCAUCCCCAUCAUCGUAGCUGGGUACAAGAUCUGGCCGAUUGCGUCGAUCAUCAGCUUCUCCUUCAUUCCCGUCCACAGACGCAUCGUUUUCUUGAGUUUCGUUGGCUUGUUGUGGGGAAUCUACAUGAGCCUGGUGGCCUCGAAGGUCUGAGUAUUGCCUCAUUGCAGAAUCAUUGACCGUGUGGUGGUGUGUUGCUGGCGACAGGACUGAAGUGUGUAGAAUCCAAGUAAUUGUACAAAUAGAGCCAAUUCCACCAGGCAAUAUUGAUCUCGAAAUAUAUACCCAAGCAACGCCACUUAUAUCAAAGUCGACAAAACUCCCAUUAACCCUCGGAUACAACC